UGCCAACGGACAUGUGACGGAGAUUUAGGUCUUAGGUUUGUUGGGUUGUUGCGUUUUGGCAUUUUGAACGUUUUACUGUAGACUACACGUGACUAGGUUUGUAGACAGAGAAAGUUGAAGAGAGAGAGAGGGAGAGAGCAGACGAAGUGUGGUCGGAGCUUGGAAAGAUACAUAUGUGCCAGAGCAUGACAAGGCCAUGGAUGUGUAGAUUGUAGAAAAGGCGGUCUUCUCGUAGUGUGAAAAGAAAGAGAGAAAGAGAGAGAAGAGAGAGAGAAAGAGGUGGAGAAAAAAAUGCAGCAACAUCUCAUGCAGAUGCAGCCCAUGAUGGGCGGGUACUCGCCAAACAAUAUCACCACUGAUGUCAUUCAAAAGUACUUGGAUGAAAACAAACAACUGAUUCUGGCAAUCCUUGAUAACCAGAAUUUGGGCAAGCUGAGUGAAUGUGCACACUUUCAGGCAAGGCUUCAGCAGAAUCUGAUGUACUUGGCUGCCAUUGCUGAUGCUCAGCCGCAGCCUCCUGCCAUGCAUGCACAGUUUCCUGCCAACGCUGUGAUGCAGCCUGGGGCCCAUUAUCUGCAACACCAGCAAGCUCAAGCGUUAACCCCUCAGUCGUUGAUGGGUGCACGGUCACCUAUGAUGUAUGCUCAGCAGUCUCUUUCUGCAUUGCAGCAGCAGCAAGCAUUACACAGCCAGCUUGGUGUGAGCCCUAGUGGGAACAAUGGUCUUCACAUGUUGCAUGGUGAAGCGAAUUUGGGACCCAGUGGACAAAUCCCAAGCGGUAGUUUCCCUGAUUUUGGCCGCAGCUCAGCUGGAUCUGGAGAGGGUAUUCAGUCUGCUGGUAGAGCUACUACUAUGGAGCAACGUGGAGCUGGCAAGCAGGACGUGACAGGAAGAGAUGUUUCAGCUUCAGGGUCUGCUGAUGUGCGAGGGGGGACUGCUGGGGCACAGGCUGGAGAUGGGACGGAACCUUUGUAUCUCAAAGGACCUGAAGGGGAUGGUAAUUGAGCUUGUAGCCGGUCCCUGUGCCGGCCCCGUCUCAAAACAUAAGCGGUAGGCAGUAUUAGAGAAAACAAGGCCUUGUCUUGCCUGGACUGGAUCCUUUCUGCUCAAUCUUGCUAUAUGAUGGUUUAGUUUCUGUCAAGGUGAUGAUGAUGAGUCUUGGUAACCUGUUUGUUGGAGACAUGGUUGACUUUCAUGUUCCUGCUUUGUAGAUUUUUGUAGUGUUUGACUGGAUGUUCUAGCGUCCUGAAAGUUGUGCAUUUUGGUUACUGCUCAUGAAUGAUUUUCUGAUGAUGGCUGUUCCGCAUGUUCA